AUGGGGUUAUCAUUGUGCUUAGUUGUGUUCCAUCAUCUGCUUUUAAAGCUUCUGUUGACUAAUAUUGUUGUUGCUAAUAUGUCUUUUGCCUCUGUGCAACAGCAGCCAACUUGCCGUGAUAAAGAAAGGUCAGCACUGUUGCAGUUGAAGGAAAGCUUUGUCAUUACCAAAUCUGCUUCUGCGUUUGAAGGUCAUGUGAUUGGCCUUGAUCUUAGCAGUAGCUGUCUAUUUGGCUCUAUCAACUCCAAUAGUACCCUCUUCAGCCUUUUUCAUCUUCAAAUGCUUAGCCUUUCCGACAACCAUUUCAAUUUCUCUCAAAUUCCUGCUGCUAUUGGCCAACUGUGUGGCCUAAUUUAUCUCGACCUCUCUAUUUCUUUUCUUUAUGGCCAAAUCCCUUUGGAAAUUUCCAACUUGACCAAGUUGUCCUUCCUCGACAUGUCUUACAAUUAUGAUCCAGUUACUGAAGAAAAGUUUUUGAAGCUUAGAAAUCCCAACUUUGAAACACUACUUAGGAAAUUGACCAUGUUAGAAAUACUUGUUCUUAGUUAUGUAGACGUAUCAUCUAAGGUACCUGAUGCACUCACAAACUUCACUUCUUUAAAAGAAUUGCAUCUUAGAGAUUGUGAACUAUAUGGUGAUUUUCCUGCUAAAAUUUUUCGUUUGCCAAACCUACAGAGUUUGAAUUUGGAGCUCAAUGAGAAUCUCACUAGCCUUUUGCCUGAAUUCCAGAAAAAAAGCCCUCUGACAAGAUUAGAAUAG